GGUGCGGGAUCGAGGGCGGGGCCUCAAGGAUCAGGCACGUGCAGGGGGAAGUAGGUGGGGGAUUAAAUGACCAGCACGAGUGCGAAACCGGAAGUUCCUAUGAGGCGUGCUUUGGAGUUCCGGGAUAGAGCCGGUACCAUGUGGGAGCUGCUCUGAGGAGUUGUUGGAUAUCCAGUCCUGCAGAUAUUCCAAGUUCAGGCCCGUGUUUUGAGACAUCCACUGCCUUGCAAGAUGACGUCCUUAGCCCAGCAGCUCCAACGACUCGCCCUUCCUCAAACUGAUCCCAGUCUCCUAUCUAGACAUGAAGUGGCCUCUCUGUUGUUUGACCCCAAGGAAGCGGCCACCAUCGACAGGGACACCGCCUUUGCCAUCGGAUGCACUGGCCUAGAGGAGCUUCUUGGAAUUGACCCUGCCUUUGAACAGUUUGAAGCACCAUUGUUCAGCCAGCUAGCAAAAACCUUGGAGCGCAGCGUUCAGACCAAAGCAGUGAACAAACAGCUGGAUGAAAACAUUUCACUGUUUCUCCUUCACUUGUCUCCGUAUUUCCUGCUUAAGCCAGCACAGAAGUGCCUGGAGUGGUUGAUUCACAGGUUCCAUAUCCAUCUUUACAACCCCGACAGUCUCAUCGCUUGUGUCCUGCCCUACCAUGAGACACGGGUGUUUGUGCGGGUGAUACAACUUCUAAAAAUUAGCAAUCCAAAGCACAAAUGGUUUUGGCUGUUUCCUGUUAAGCAGUGUGGAGUGCCCUUAGCUAGAGGAACUUUGGUCACCCAUUGCUACAAGGACCUUGGAUUCAUGGAUUUUAUUUGCAGUUUGGUGACCAGAUCUGUGAAGGCGUUCGCUGAGUAUCCGGGAAGCUCAGCUCAGCUCAGAGUGCUCUUGGCCUUCUAUGCUUCCACCAUCGUGUCUGCUCUGGUGGCUGCUGAGAACCUGUCAGAUAAUGUAGUUGCCAAACUAUUCCCAUACAUCCAAAAGGGGUUGAAAUCAUCUUUACCAGAUUAUAGAGCUGCCACAUACAUGAUAAUCUGUCAGAUUUCUGUGAAAGUAACAAUGGAAGAUACCUUUGUGAAUUCACUGGCAUCCCAGCUCAUCAGAACAUUGACCAAGGUUCCUUCUCAGGUCAAGGAUGGAUUAGGUUGCCUGAUAAUUCUCUUACAGCGACAAAAGCCAGAAACGCUUGGGGAAAAGCCGUUUCCUCAUUUGUGCAGCGUUCCAGACCUCAUAGCGCUACUUCACGGGAUCUCCGAACGCUAUGACGUCAGUCCUCUUCUGCGCUACAUGCUUCCCCAUCUGGUUACCUCUGUUGUUCGGCACGUUGCGGGAAUAUCAACUGAAGGAAUUGACAGUCAAGUCUACAAUAGACACUUAGAAGCAAUACUUACAAAAAUACCACUGACGAACAACUUAGAUCACCUGCUCGCUAGCCUUCUUUUUGAAGAAUAUAUUUCAUACAGUUCCAAAGAGGAAACGCAUGCUAAUGAAGUAGCUUUGCUGAACGAGCAGUUUCUUCCUCUCAUCAGACUUUUAGAAAGCAAAUACCCCAGAACAUUAGAUGUUGUAUUAGAGGAACACCUGAAAGAAAUCACAGGCCUUAAAAAGCAGGAGCUUUUCCAUCAGUUUAUUUCCCUUUCUACGAGCGGAGGAAAGUAUCAGUUUUUAGAGGACUCUGACACAUCUUUGAUGCUCAGUUUGAAUCAUCCACUGGCUCCUGUGAGACUUCUGGCCAUUAACCACCUGAAGAAUAUCAUGAAAACAUCAAAGGAGGGCAUUGAUGAGACUUUCAUUAAAGAAGCUAUUCUAACCCGGUUAGGCGAUGAUAAUGUAGAUGUCGUUUUGUCAGCACUGAGUGCUUUUGAGAUUUUCCAGCAACACUUGAGUGUAGAGGAGACCAUUUCGCAUCUUCUGAAUCUCUUCCAAAGAGCAGAACUUCUCAAGAAUAAGGGGUGGUACAGGGUGCUAGAGCUUGCAGCAAACAUCCUAAUUAAAGAAGAGGUGCUGAGUGCAAGCCAUCAGUUGUCAAAUCAGGUGGUUGUCCAGUUGCUGCCUUUCAUGGUCAUUACUAGUGAUGACAUCGAGUCUCCUGAUGUAAAGAUUGCUAUACAUCUGUCAAAGUCAGGAAUUUGCUCUCUGCAUCCUCUACUAAGAGGCUGGAAAGAAGCUCUUGAAAAUGUUAUUAGAAGCAGAAAGUCAAUAGAUAUAAUUGGCGUAGGAAAUCAGAAGAUGGUCCAGUUGCUGGCUGGCAAUUUAAGCUCAGGAGACCGCUCUUCGAUGCUGAGGCUGGUGGAAGAUUUAAUAAGUGCUGGGGAAGAGGAGUCCUGCAGCCUGAAGCAGAAAGUGACAUUUCAUGUGAUCAUGUCUGUGCUUAUUUCUUGCUGCUCAUCCUUCAGAGAAACCUGCUUUCCGUUUGCUAUUCGGGUGUUCAGUUUACUGCGGAAAAAAAUAAAGAAGCUCAAAAGCAUCAUGGCUACUGUGGAAAUCCCCUCCGAGUGGCACCUGGAACUGAUGCUGAACAAAGGAUUGCCAGAAGAGCUGUGGGCGCUCUAUGUCCAACAGCUCCACAGUGCUCAGAAGGUUACUAUGGAGGACGCCAUUUUACUGAUAUUUUCCCUGAAGUGUUUUAUUUUUACCUUGAAGGCUCCCAAAUCUUUUCCUACAGAUGCUACGUGGUGGAAUCCCGAGCAGCUAGAUGACGACAGCAGAUGCUACCUACACUUGCUCAUUGGUGUCUUUGAACUGCUGCUUGAGUUUUCUGAUGCCAUGCAUUUCAGGGUUCUGAUGAGCCUUAUCAUGAAGGUACACCUACAAGAUGUUCUUCAGGUGUUCAAGUUCUUUUGUGUUUUGUGGACCUAUGGUUCUAGCCUCUCAAAUCCACUUAACUGCACUGUGAAGUCAGAGCUGCAGACUCAGGCUCUUUACAUAGGCUCUGUGAUGCUUUCUUCUCAGAAUACACAGUAUAAGCAAAAGCUGGCAUCUACUGCAUCUCCAGUGGUGCUGUCUCUGCUCCUCAGUCUGGGAAACCCUGUAAAAGAAGUGCGCAGAGCUGCUGUUCAGUGUCUCCAGGCCCUCAGUGGAGUAGCCUCGAAGUUUCAGCUGGUGAUAGAGCACCUGGUUCCUAAGGCAGAGGAGAUCACUUCAGAUGCUACCUAUGUGGUCCAGGAUUUGGCUACGUUAUUUGAUGAACUACAGAGAGAGGAGAAACAGAAAUCACAUCAGAAGUUGUCUGAGACCCUGAGAAGCCUUCUUCACGGCAUUUAUGACUGCCCGUCGUACAUCGCAAAAGACUUGAUGAAAGUAUUUCAAGAUGUGAACAGUGAGACGGUGCUGGCCCAGCUGCUGCCUAUGGUGGAGCGACUCCUAGAGAAGGUGGAGAAGGAGCCCACAGCUGUCCUGAAAGAUGAGGCCAUUGUUUUGCAUCUCACUCUGGGAAAAUACAAUGAGUGUUCAGCUCCACUUUUAUAUAGAGACCCAAAGAGUCUAGACCUGUUUAUAAAGGCUGUGCACACAACGAAGGAGCUUCACCCAGGAAUGCCAACCGUUCAGAUUACUGCUCUUGAAAAGAUUACAAAGCCCUUCUUUGCAGCUCUGUUAGACGGGAAGGUGCAGCAGAAGCUUCUGUGUGUGCUGUUUGACUUACUGGUGAACUGUAAAAACUCCCAUUGUGUUCAGACGGUUGGCAGUGUUUUCAAAGGGUAUUUUAAAAUUUCUGUUGAUGCUGAACAAGUCAGAAUAGAACUGGAGCCGCGAGAUAAAGCCAAAUCUUUGGGCACAAUUCAGCAAACAAGAAGGCAGAAAAUGCAGCAGAAAAAAUCACAAGAUGUAGAAUUUGUCCAAGAAGUUGAGGGCCCUUACUGGCAGAGAGUCACCCUCAUCCUGGAGUUACUGCAGCACAAAAAGAAGCUCAAAAGCCCUCAGAUACUGAUUCCAACUCUCUUUAACUUGCUGUCGAGGUGUUUAGAACCUUUGUCAUCGGAACAGGGAAACAUGGAAUACACUAAACAAUUAAUUCUGAGUUGUUUGCUCAACAUCUGCCAAAAACUCUCCCCAGACGGUGGCAGAAUACCUAAAGACAUUGUAGAUGAGGAGAAGUUCAAUGUAGAGUUGAUAGUGCAGUGUAUCCGCCUGUCGGAGAUGCCGCAGACUCACCACCAGGCCCUGCUGCUCCUGGGUACUGUUGCUGGGAUAUUUCCGGAUAAAGUUCUUCAUAAUAUCAUGUCUAUUUUUACAUUCAUGGGAGCCAAUGUCAUGCGCCUAGAUGAUGCUUAUAGUUUUCAAGUUAUUAGCAAGACAGUGAAAAUGGUCAUUCCAGCACUUAUCCAGUCUGAUACUGGGGACUCUAUAGAAGUCACUAGAAAUGUUGAAGAGAUUGUAGUGAAAAUCAUCGGUGUGUUUGUGGAUGCUCUUCCACACGUGCCAGAGCACAGGCGCCUGCCCAUCCUUGUUCAGCUUGUUGACACGCUAGGCGCAGAAAAAUUCCUGUGGAUUCUCCUCGUCCUGCUUUUUGAACAGUAUGUCACCAAAACAGUGCUGGUGGCUGCUUAUGGAGAAAAGGAUGCUAUUUUAGAGGCAGAUACUGAGUUCUGGAUUUCCGUCUGUUGUGAAUUCAGUGUCCAGCAUCAGGUCCAGAGCUUGAUGCUUAUCCUCCAGUAUCUGGAAAAGCUGCCAGAGGAAAAAGAAGAAGCCAACCCCAAGACAAUGUCUACUAAGAGUGAAGUACAAGACGAAAUGCUACCAGUCUUUAAGGUGGACACGCACACAAGCAAGCAACUUCGGCAUUUUAAAUAUUUGUCAGUGUCCUUCAUGGCCCAACUCCUGGCUUCUAAUCAUUUCCUUAAAAAGGUAGUUGAAAGUGGUGGUCCUAAGAUCCUGCAUGGCCUGGAACAGAGGUUGCUGGAGACAGUCCUUGGCUACAUUAACACAGUAGCUCAGUCCGUGGAAAAGAAUGCAGACAAACAGACUGUGAAGUUUUGGAGAGCCCUGCUCAGCAAAGCCUACGACACGCUGGAUAAGGUCAAUGCCUUGUUGCCUACAGAAACAUUCAUCUAUGUCAUCAGAGGGCUGGUAGGCAACCCCCUGCCAUCUGUUCGUAGGAAAGCUCUGGAUCUUUUGAAUAACAAGCUACAGCAGAACGCAUUGUGGAAGAAGAAAAUGGUUCACCGCUUUCUAAAGCUGGUUCCAGUCCUUCUAGACAUUGUGCAGCAUAAGAAAAAGGAGGCAGAAGAUGAACAAGCGAUUAACAGACAGACAGCGCUGUACACCCUAAAGCUCCUAUGCAAGAACUUUGGAGCACGGAACCGAGAGCCUUUCAUACCCGUUCUGAGCACUGCAGUAAAGCUGAUAGCACCAGAGAAAAAGGAGGAGAAAAACGUCCUGGGAAGUGCCCUGCUGUGCAUAGCGGAGGUGACCUCCACUUUGGAAGCACUGGCCAUCCCUCAGCUUCCCAGUCUGAUGCCAUCGCUGCUAGCAGCCAUGAAGAGCACCAGUGAGUUGGUCCACAGUGAAGUCUGCCUGCUCAGCGCCCUGGCUGCCCUGCACAAAGUUGUUGAGACUCUCCCACACUUCAUCAGCCCCUACCUGGAAGGACUUCUGAUCCAGGUGAUUCACCUAGAGAAAAUCACUAGUGAAAUGGGUUCUGCCUCCCAGGCUAACAUCCGCCUGACAUCUCUUAAAAAGACCCUCGCCACUAUGCUCUCACCUCGAGUCCUGCUGCCAGCCAUUAGCAAGACUUUCAAGCAGAUCCAGAAGAACUGGAAGAAUCACAUGGGCCCGUUUAUGAGCAUCUUGCAAGAGCACAUCACGGUGAUGAAGAAGGAAGAGCUCUUGUCUCACCAAUCUCAGCUGACCACCUUCUUCCUGGAUGCCCUGGACUUCCGGGCACAACACUCAGAGGCUAAUCUAGAGGAAGUUGGGAAAACGGAAAUUCGGAUCAUUGACUGUCUAGUCGCCAUGGUGGUGAAGCUCUCUGAGGUCACAUUCAGGCCUCUCUUCUUCAAGCUGUAUGAUUGGGCCAAGACAGAAGACGCCCCAAAGGACAGACUACUGACAUUCUACAAUCUGGCCAACUGCAUUGCUGAGAAGUUGAAAGGCCUUUUCACUCUGUUUGCUGGCCACUUGGUGAAACCUUUUGCAGACACCUUGAACCAAGUAAACAUCUCCAAAACAGAUGAAGCGUUUUUUGACUCUGAGCAGGACCCUGAAAAGUGCUGCAUGUUGUUGGAGUUCAUCUUGAGCUGUUUGUACAAGAUCUUCCUUUUCGACACCCAGAAUUUCAUGAGUAAAGAGAGAGCAGAAGCCUUAAUGAUGCCCCUGGUGGAUCAGCUGGAAAACAGGCUUGGAGGAGAAGAGCGGUUCCAAGAGCGGGUGACACAGCAUCUAGUGCCCUGCAUCGCACAGUUUUCUGUGGCCAUGGCAGACGACUCCAUGUGGAAGCCCCUCAACUACCAGAUUCUGCUGAAGACAAGAGACUCCUCCCCUAAGGUGCGGUUUGCAGCCUUGAUUACUGUCUUAGCAGUGGCUGAAAAGCUGAGAGAGAAUUAUAUUGUUCUGCUUCCAGAGUCGAUUCCUUUUCUAGCAGAACUGAUGGAAGACGAAUGUGAAGAAGUGGAGCAUCAGUGCCAGAAGACAGUCCAGCAGCUGGAGACCGUGCUGGGGGAGCCGCUGCAGAGCUACUUCUGAAGUGGGACGCACCGCUGCCUCAUGCUCGCCGCUUUAGUCUCAUGGUUUUGGGGGGAUGUGGUGCCAUAUUAUUUUUGGUACUUUUACAUCUCCCAAUAUUUAAUGUUUUUACAAAAUCCCUGCCUGUCUGGGCUCCCACAGAAGCCUCUCCUGCCUUUUGUACAGAUUUGCUAAGGAGAAAAUGGAAUGGUGUUUUAUA